AUGGAAAGUAACAAGGAACACGUUACACCAACUUCUUCCGUUACUACAAUGGAAAGUAACAAGGAACACGUUACACCAACUUCUUCCGUUACUACAAUGGAAAGUAACAAGGAACACGUUACAUCAACUUCUUCCGUUACUACAAUGGAAAGUAACAAGGAACACGUUACCUCAACUUCUUCCGUUACUGCAAUGGAAAGUAACAAGGAACACGUUACAUCAACUUCUUCCGUUACUGCAAUGGAAAGUAACAAAGAACACGUUACACCAACUUCUUCCGUUACUACAAUGGAAAGUAACAAAGAACACGUUACCUCAACUUCUUCCGUUACUGCAAUGGAAAGUAACAAGGAACACGUUACAUCAACUUCUUCCGUUACUGCAAUGGAAAGUAACAAAGAACACGUUACACCAACUUCUUCCGUUACUACAAUGGAAAGUAACAAGGAACACGUUCAAUAA